AUGACCCAAGACCAACUACGGAAAGUCGGACGCGGUGGAGCCGGGAAUUUCUACUCUGCGCCAUCUAAAGAGGCGGAAGCCGAUCUCGAGGCACAGACCGCCGAAGAUACCGGCACCGCCCCCUCCUCGACCGUACCGUCCGCUGCCCGCGCCGGGCGCGGCGGAGCCGGAAACUUUAUCAACCCCCAAGACGCGCAAGCGAACGAGGCUGAUGUGGCGGCCUCGACAAUGGAGGCGGUGAGGCAGGAACCAUCCGCGCCGCGCGCUGGGGGCUACGCAGGCCGGGGCGGCGCUGGAAAUUGGAAGGCCAAAAAGGAGGCGGACGGCGAGGAACGCGACGCUGAGGGCAACCACGACAUUGAGCACAAGGUGAAAGAGGCCGUCGAACAUGGGCUGAAGAUGCCUGAAAAGGUGCAUCAUGCCCUUGAGAAGACCAGGGAUCAUUGA